GUAUUUUAGAUCAACGAAAGCUCACAUCUCAACCACCUUCUCCAUCAUCUUUCUCCAACCUUUUAUCUCUCCCUCCCAGAGGACUGAUCAAGAGAGACUCUCUAAUAACAAUACAGACACUCUGCAUCUCUACGUGCCAUAGCAGCCCUGCAAGUUUACAUUCCCAGAUAUCCAUAUUCCAUUAAUCCUGAGGCACGAUGGAGAAUGGUCUCGCAGCAGCUGAAGGUGAAGAGAAGCUUUUUCCCGAUACCCAUGCACAGAAGGUCGAUCCGGGAAAACCUGCUUCACUGACAUGGAAAAGGCAAUUGAAUAGCAAUGGAAAAAUCCCUGUGCAGUUCGGUCUAAGUUUCCGAGAAAUAUCACAUAUGUUACCGAUGGGCCUGAGACUGUGGCGUCACAUCAAGCAAGAAGCAGCAAAAGAAAGAGCAACAAUAUUUGAUUUUUCCAAGAAGCACAUUCUUACAAGUGAUCAUGGGAUCCCUUUAGGUGGUAUCGGUGCAGGAAGCAUUGGAAGAAGCUAUAGAGGCGAGUUUCAACACUUUAGACUGUUCCCUGGAAUAUGUGAAGAAGGCCCAGUUUUGGCAAAUCAAUUUUCCGCUUUUGUUUCCCGUCCGAGUGGUGAAACGUUUUCCUCUGUAUUAUGCUCUAGGACUCCAGACAUACCCAAAGAAAGCACAGGUUCAGGCAUUGAAUCUUGGGAUUGGAAUCUGAAUGGCCAGAAGUGUACAUAUCAUGCUCUUUUUCCCAGGGCUUGGACAAUCUAUGACGGUGCACCUGACCCAGAACUUACAAUUGUUUCUCGACAAAUUUCACCUUUCAUUCCCCACAACUAUAAGGAGAGCAGUUUCCCUGUAUCAGUUUUUACUUUCACGCUAUCUAAUCACGGAAAAACUUCAGCUGAUGUCACCUUAAUGUUUACAUGGGCAAAUUCUGUGGGUGGGGUCUCUGGACUUUCUGGUCAUCAUUUCAACUCAAAGAUGAUGACAAAAGAUGGAGUUCAUGCAGUCACGUUACACCACAAAAUGACAAAUAGACAGCCUCCGGUAACCUUUGCCAUUGCAGCACAGGAGACGGCGGACGUUCAUGUUUCUGAAUGUCCUUGUUUCCUGAUAUCUGGAGAUUCCCAGGAUGUCAGUGUCACAGCAAAAGAUAUGUGGGAUGGAAUUAAAAAGAACGGGACAUUUGAUCAGAUUGGUUGUAAUAAAACUUCACCUUCAGAACCAGGAUCAUCUAUUGGAGCAGCCAUAGCAGCCUCUGUGACCGUUCCUUCUGGCUCUAUCCGCACCGUCACAUUUUCGUUAUCAUGGGACAUCCCAGAAAUAAGAUUUAGUGAAAGAAGUUACCACAGGCGUUAUACAAAAUUCUAUGGCACACUAGGAGAUGCAGCUGCCAACAUUGCACGUGAUGCUAUUCUUGAGCAUGCUAACUGGGAAUCCCAGAUAGAAGCAUGGCAAAGACCUAUUCUUGAAGACAAAAGGGUUCCUGAAUGGUACCCUAUCACUCUCUUCAAUGAGCUCUAUUAUCUCAAUGCUGGAGGGACAAUUUGGACAGAUGAAUCACCUCCAAUGCAAAAUUUAACAGCUGUUAGAGAAAGAAGAUUUUCUCUCGAAAGGUCAAGUUCAGGUUACAAGAAUGUAAACGGUAUUGCUCAUAAGAAUGACACGGCUAUUGAAAUCCUGGAAAGGAUGGCAUCCACGUAUGAACAACUACAUAAUCCGGUAUCAUCAAAUUCCGUUUUUGGAGCAAAUUUGCUUCAGAAUGGAGAAGAAAAUAUCGGCCAGCUCCUUUAUCUUGAAGGAACUGAAUACCUAAUGUGGAAUACCUAUGAUGUUCAUUUCUAUGCAUCUUUUGCACUUGUAAUGCUAUUUCCAAAACUUGAACUCAAUCUCCAAAGAGACUUCGCAGCUGCAGUACUGAUGCAUGAUCCUAGUAGGAUGCAAAUUAUGAGUGAUGGGAAGUGGGUUCCACGAAAGGUUCUUGGUGCUGUUCCUCAUGAUGUUGGGCUUAAUGACCCCUGGUUUGAAAUAAACGCCUAUAACCUUUUCAGUACAGCUAGGUGGAAGGACUUGAACUGUAAAUUUGUUCUCCAGGUGUACAGGGAUGUGGUUGCUACUGGUGAUAAAGAUUUUGCUCGAGCUGUUUGGCCUUCAGUAUAUGUUGCGAUGGCUUAUAUGGAUCAAUUUGACAAGGAUGGAGAUGGAAUGAUUGAAAAUGAGGGGAUACCUGAUCAAACCUAUGAUACAUGGUCUGUUACUGGUGUAAGUGCAUACUGUGGUGGCCUUUGGGUGGCAGCACUCCAGGCUACCUCAGCCAUGGCACAUGAAGUUGGUGAUGAUGGAUCUGCUAAUUAUUUCUGGAUUAAGUAUCAAAAGGCAAAAACUGUUUAUGGCAAGUUAUGGAAUGGUUCCUACUUCAACUACGACAGCAGUGGUAAUAAGUCUAUACAAGCUGAUCAAUUGGCUGGGCAAUGGUAUGCUAGAGCGUGUGGCCUUUCACCGGUCGUCGAUGGGGACAAAGCCAGGAAGGCAUUGGAGAAGAUUUACGAGUUCAAUGUCUUGAAGGUGAAAGGAGGAACGCGUGGGGCUGUGAACGGGAUGCUACCAGAUGGAAGAGUUGAUCUGACGGCAAUGCAAACGAAAGAAAUAUGGCCUGGUGUUACCUACGCUCUUUCUGCUUCUAUGAUUCAAGAGGGACUGGAGGAAAUGGCUUUUCAGACUGCAGUUGGUAUCUACAAUGCAGCAUGGUCCGAAGAAGGUCUUGGUUAUUCAUUCCAGAUUCCAGAAAGUUGGGACAUGAAUGAUCAAUAUCGGUCUCUUUGCUACAUGCGACCUUUAGCCAUAUGGGCAAUGCAGUGGGCCUUAUCAAAACCUAAGGACUUUAAAGAAGAGAUGCACCAUGAAGGGAUCGAGGACGAGUCCUAUCUUAAGCAACAUGCAGGAUUUUCCAAAGUAGCUCACCUUCUUAGGUUGCCGGAAGAGGAAGCACCAAAAAGCUUCUUUCAGGCUGUUUAUGAGUUUACUUGCAAGAGAAUGCUAUUUUAACUUAAACUAAAUCAGUCUUCAUAUUCUUCAUCGGAUGUUUAAUCACUCCCUAGUUAAGUGUAUAUGUGUAUCUUGGAAGAUGAUGUAACUGACAGCUUCUCAAUCAAUAAACAUACUGAUUAAAUAAUUCUUGGUUA